AUGAACUUUAGUGAUGGAAUAGAUGAAGUUAUUGAGACUAUUGAAUCAAGUGAUGGAUGGACAAAUAUUUAUAACAACGAAACAAAUUGUUAUUCAAAGAAUGAAUAUAAAAAUACCAAAUAUUUCAUUAUUCGAAGUAAAAUUAUAAUGAAUAUACGAAGUGAACAAUUAUUUGAAUUAGUUAGUGAUCCAAUGAAUCAAAGCCUUUAUGACCCAAGUGUUAAUUAUUCAAGAAAUGAAGGAAAUAAUGAGUAUUGUAUUGAUCUAUCACUUCCAAUACAAUUUUGUCUUCCAAAAGUAUUUAAACUAACAAAUAUGAUAACAGAUACAAUUCAAAUAAGUAUUCGAUAUUAUUUAUCAAAAGGAAUAUUAAAAAGAACAAUAUUUGCAAUAAAAAAACGGAAAGAAGGAAGUGAAUUUAUUAUUAUUGAAGAAUUUGAAGAGAAAACAAUAGAAGAGAAAACAAUUCCUUUUCUAAAUACCGUUCUAAUGAAAAAACAAAAUGAUAAUAUCAAUGAAUAUUUUAAUAGAAAUAUUGAUUCAAAAAGAGUAUAUGAAAUGGAAAGAAAUUUAUUUAAUACAAUGAUACAAAAAGAGAAAGAAUAUAAAAUUAUUUAUCAUGAAAAUAAAAAAGUUAGAGUUAAAAUUAAUGAUGAAUGUACUCAAUUUUAUGUUCAGGGGGAAGUUAUUUCUAAAAGUAGAAUUAUAGAUAUUAUAACUCAAUUCACACAUCCUGAAAAUUGGGAUUUUAUUUUUCCUAUUACAUUUUGGAAUAACCUCUUUUCAAACAGAACCAAAACAGUGCCAAUAUGA